UUAAAGUCACCGGUCAUUAAGAUAUGGCGUUGAGAACGAAAGCCCCGUGUUGUGAUGGGCGUCACCCUCACUGUGUUGGCUCUUAACUUGAGUGCGGAAUUUGUGGGACUUCACCUAAAGCUGGUAACGUUUAUGUGAUAACAAUAUCAACGAAAUGAAUUAAGAUCCAAAUCCAAUAAAUGUAUUACAUUUUUUUUCAGAGCCAAACUGGGACUCCACUGACUGCCCCCUAUAAACUGCUCGUGAGAAAUGCAUCCCCGGCGCAGUGCUCAGGAAGUCCUACUGUGUGACCUCUGUGAAACUGUCCCCCUACAGAGUCACUGUGAAGUUUGUAAUAUAAAUCUCUGUGUUAACUGUGUCGCAAAACAUAUCACAGAUUCCUCUAAAAGACACAAUGUCGUGUCCUAUAUACGCAAAAAGGCUACUCCUAACUACCCGAAAUGUCCGAAACACACCACUAAACACUGCGAACUUCACUGUGAGAAAUGCGUUAUUCCUAUCUGUAUUACCUGCGUCACGUCGGGUAAACACGAAGGUCACAAGUUAACAGAUAUUGUGGAAAAAUUCAGCGCUAAAACACAAAGUUUACGAAAAGAUUUGGAAGAACUAGAGAUCAUUAUUUAUCCGCAAUAUAAAAUGGCUUCCGAUGUCCAAAUUGAGAAAUCCGAGUUAGAAAAAUAUUAUGGGAAACUGACAACAGCUGCCGAACAACAAGGAGAAGUCUUACACCGGGAGAUCACCGCCAUCGUCAACAAACGGAAAUCUGACAUUGAAGAAAUGAAAGACAAACACCUAUAUACCCUGGAUAAAAAUACAGAUGAAAUCAAACAGAAAAUGACUGAACUCAAACAGAUCAUUUCCGACUCGAAAUCAAUACUAGCAUCAAAUGACAUCUCAUUAACCUCUACUUACAAAUCUAGGAAUUCUGAAUUUAGAACAUUACCGCUUAAAGUCCGAGUUACAUUACCGAGUUUUUUUUUCCUCACAAAAUAAACAAAGAUGAGCUCAAUGAAAUGUUUGGUUUUAUGUCAUCAUUAUCCAUUAACACAGAACAUGGCGACACAAUGAAGUCAGCAGAAGCUGUAUCGUCUUCCCCAGUCAAACCACUGCUUGAUGAACCGCUACUAACCGUCAUCAUAGACACUGGGUAUGGAGAACUAUACAGUGUUAGCUGUCUUAGUGAAAAAGAAAUAUGGACACGCGGGAAUAACAAAAUCAUAAAGCUCCUCAACCUCCAAGGUAAACUACUGACAUCAAUAAAAAGCAAGUCAGGCAACUGGCCAGGGGACAUGGCGCUGACGCGGGACGGACAUCUUGUUUAUACUGACUAUGAUGAUAAAACUAUAAACCUAGUGAAGAAUCAAAAUAUACAGACCUUGAUCACACUACAGAGGUGGGGACCUCUCAAUAUCUGCUGUACCUCCUCUGAUGAUAUCCUGGUUACCAUGAUCAGUGAUGACUACCAACAAUACAAAGUUGUGCGUUACUUUGGUUCCACAGAGACACAAACCAUUCAGUUUGAUGAUCAGGGUCGUUCUCUCUAUACCUCUCGUCAUUUAGAUAAAUACAUUAGUGAGAACAGGAACUUGGAUAUUUGUGUGGCUGACCGUGGAGCUAAAGCAAUAGUGGUGGUCAAUCAGUCAGGAAAACUCCGAUUUAGAUACACUGGUCAACGCUUUCGUGUCUUCACUAAAUCAUUUGAUCCACGCGGCAUCACUACAGACAGCCAGAGUCACAUCCUGAUAGCAGACUUUAGUAACAAUGGUAGUAUCCACAUCCUAGAUCAGGACGGACAGUUCCUCAGUUACAUUCACAAUGUAUCCGGUCCAUUCGGUUUAUGUGUUGACAUCAACGACAACCUCUUUGUGGCAGAGUGUGUCACUGCUAAAGUGAAGAAAAUCCAAUAUCUAUGAAUACAGUGUUCGUUGCAUCUGAACACAUUGUUAAUUACGUAUCAAAAGAGUGUGAUAUUUACAGUAAUAUUCUUAUUACAGCCCUGUACAACUGCUUGUUAGUUACAGUCCUGUGUUAAUUACAGCCCUGUGUUUGUGAUGUGUAACAUGUACUUGUGUUUGUGAGUUUAACUGAUGGAACAUUAGUCUCUCACUGCUGUUUAGUAAUUAUAUCUUGCUUCUCCUAGGCACCUGAUCCCACCCCUGGUGUGUCCAGGGGUCCGUGUUUGCCCAACUAUCUAUUUUGUAUUGCUUAUGGGAGUUGUGAGAUUGAUCGCUGUUCGUUGUCUUCACAUUGCAUCUGACAAUAUUUGUAUUAUUAUAUCAAUCAGUGGAGCAGUUCCUCCAGUUGCAUAGAGCUAAACAACUAGUAUCACAGUCUAAUAAGUAAUUAAUGUACUAAGAUUAAUGAUCCACUAAAUAAAAAAAAUAGGUUAACCUUAAUAUGAUAAUUACUAAUUUGAUUGUUUACCUAGCUAUAUAGCUAUAUACAUAGAGUUAAUUACAUCUCUCAACACAGUGUUAAUUUCACAUCUAAACAGAGUGUUAAUUACAGCUGUUUCCUAAUUACAGUCUCUUGUUAAUUACAGUUCUGUGAACAUCACAACCCUGUGCAUAUUACAGCCCUAUAUACAUCACAACCCUGUAUACUUUAUAGUCCUUUGUUUAUUACAGCCCUGAGUUUGUGUUGUGUAACAUGUACUUGUGUUUGUGUGUUUAACUAAGUGAACAUUAGUCUCUCAUUGCUGUUUAGUAAUUAUAUCCUAUAAUAUCUCUAUCAAUAUACAUCGUGGAACAUCAUUGAUCUUAGUAUACUAAUUACUUAUUAGACUGUGAUACUAGUUAUUUAGCUCUAUGCAAUCGUUUGAACACAUGUAAAUAACUGAAGACAAGUUCAUGAAUGUACAAUCAGUUAUUGGGUAGUACUUAUGGAUUUCACUUUUUCAAUACUUUGUGUGCAGCCCUAACUCAUAAUACAUCCACUAACCAAUGUCUGCAAGUAUGCAUGUAUAUGAUUGUGUUACUACUUAUUGAUCUAUCUUUUCCAAUCUUUUAAACACAUGUGAAUAACUGAAUACAGCUUCAUAAAAUGAAAUCGGCCAUUGUGAAAUAUUCAGGAAUGUCACUUUGUCAGUAUUUUGUGUGUAGCUUUGAAUUAUAAUACAUCCACUACUUAGUACCUAUAUGUAUGUACUUAGUACUUAUAUGUAUGUACUUAGUACUUAUAUGUAUGUACUUGUUUUUGUGUGAAAAACUUUGAAUUGAACAUUAUUCUAAUUCUUAAUUAGGGCCCCGCAUGAAAUGCGGGAAGCCAUCUAGUAAUCAAAUUGUCCAUCCGUCCGUCCAUCCGUCUGUCCGUCCGUCCGUCAACACUUUCUUUGUGACAGGAUAACUCAAACAGUUUUUAUUGUACAGUUUUCAAUUUUGUAUAGAAAUAAUGUACAAUAAGAGGAAAAAGCCUAUAUAUUUUGGGUUAUUUCACUUUGUUUGUCUGUCCGUAUAGCAUAAUAUUGUUAUUAUGAACACUUUCUUUGUGACACGAAAACUCAAACAGUUUUCAUUGUACAGUUUUCAAAUUUUGUACAGAAAUACUUUACAAUAAGAGGAAGACAUCUAUAGUUUUUGGAGUCGUGUCACUUUGUCUGUCAUCAUCUUUCUUAUUAUGACCGUAUCUAUUUACCACUGUCUAAGGGAGAUAACUCAAUUUAAAUUAUGAUAUGCAUUGUAUGGAUAUAGAAAAUAUACAAGAAAUAACUACA